AUGCUUUCUGUUGCCAGACGUUCUACACCAAGGAUUACACGUCCCUUGAUGCAAUUUUACCGUUUCAACUCUGCAGUUGCCGGUAAUGCUACUGAUACAACAACUGCUACACCUGCUCCAACUGCUACUCCUGUGGAUCCAAAGAUUUCUACCAUUGUAGACUCUAUUUCGAAACUUACUAUCCUUGAGACUUCACAACUUAUAACCGAGUUGAAAACUAAACUUAAUAUUCCAGAUAUCGCACCAAUGGCCCCAAUGGGUGCUUUUGGUGGUGCAGGUUUAGCUGCUGGUGAUGCAGGUGCCAGUGCCGCAGAAGAAGCUCCAAAGGAAGAAGAAAAAUCUACAUUUGCCGUGAAACUAGAAAGCUUUGAUGCUAAGAGUAAAGCUAAGAUUAUUAAGGAGAUCAAAUCUGUUCUUGGUCUUUCUCUUGUAGAAGCCAAAAAAUUUGUUGAAGCCGCUCCCAAAAUUAUUAAGGAUAAUGUCUCCAAGGCUGAUGCUGACGCAAUGAAGGAUACUCUAGAGAAAUUAGGUGCAAAGAUCAGUAUGGAAUGA